GCAACGGAGGGGACGACACCUUCAAAGGCCAGCCCUUCGUGCUUAGAAGCGCCGAAGACUAUCGAGAAGGUUUGCAGAACGUCUCCAGAGCGGACUUUGGAUUGAGCGGAGAAGGACAUACGUAGGCCGUCCAGACUGUAGACCACUGAACAGAUCAACACCUAGAAUGGCCACUGCAAGCACCUCUGGACAAAACCCCUUCGGGCUGGGCAGAAAGAAGAAGGCCCCGGGUGUCCUGGAUCAAAUCAGCAGGUUCUUCGGAGGAGACAAGAAGAGAAAGGGAAAGGGUUCAUUUCGUGGUCAUCUAUCCUCCUCUCCACAGAGACCCCACCACUCUUCCACCCGCCGUCGUGGAGACGUCAACCCUGUCGUGCAUUUCUUCAGGAGCUUUGUGUCCUCUCCUCGUCCUAAGUCGAGGUGGAGAGAACUAUUGGGCCUGGCUUCCCCGUCAGCACGCGGCUCGGAGAGCAUUAGAUCGCCACAGAGACGCAGAAGGGAACAGAACACACUUUCCAGAAUCUUCAACCUGGGAGAAAGCCGAUCUCGCUCUCCACCCAAACGCUGGAGCACCAUCUUCUGAGCCCUUCUCCAAGCAGGAAAACACUGAGAUGGAAGAGAGUGAAAUGGACGGGAAGCAAAAACUUGAGAGGGAGGAUGUCUGCCCUACAGACUCACCAGUCGCAGCGAGUUUAACAGACUAACAUUGGCCAUCUUCGCUUCCUAGAUAGAGAUACAAUCCAAGUAUCUGUUGCUACAUGCCUGCAGGGUUACAGAAGCACGUGUUGACUGUAUGUGUGCAAACUUGCUGUAAUAAUUGUCAAUGGUCAGGUGAUGCGAUACGUCUUGUAAGUCUCCCUUUAAAAUUUAGCUGGUGAUCAAUUUCAACAUAUACAAAGAGCAAAAACUCAUACAAAAGGUUUGAAACAAUUAGACAGAGUAUUUCUCUUUUUUAAAAUCCCUGAACCAACCAGAUGAAUCAUUUGAUCAUUCUGAAUUGGUCUUAUAUGUGUUUCACAAAAUGGAUUGCUUAUAUGCUCUCCAGCAUUUGAUGUGUGGCAUUUAUUCUAUGUUAUACUGCCUCUCCAUGGUUUUCUUGAGAUCCAUGUUCAACCUCAUGUGAUGUGCAUUUCUGUAUGUUUAUGUUCACUGUGGUCUUUGUGUUGCAUUCUAUAUUGGUUAUUUACUUUAUACCAGGAAUUUGUAUAUAGGAAUCUUUAUUGAGUUUUAAUUAAUGCAAAAAAUAUAUGAUGACCAGUUAACUACAUUAAAUUUGAUUCAUUUUGAGAAAUGAUUUAGCUCUUAAUCAGGACCAUGCCUUAAAAUGAUUAAAAACAGACUAAAAACACAAUUUUGUGGACUAGGGAAUAUAUUCUAAGCAUGUAUGUGGCUUGGAUUGUAUGCCCUCAGAUGUUGCACUGCAGUAUGUGUGUUAAAACCACCUGUAAAUGUUGUCUGCGUCAUUACAUGUGCAAUUUUGGUGUUAUUUUAGAAAGGUCUCGUAAUUACCAGGGGUAGGAUUAAUAUUUAAAUAACAGACAUGCAGAAAUCUAGGACAAAGAGUCAGUGGGAGCAUAAAGGAAAGGAUAUGAAAAAAGGAAGGAAAACCUGAAAGUGCAAGAAGGAUAAUGUUGGAAAUGCUAAAUGAGGACUUCUGAAAGAGUAAGGUGGAGUUUAUUCAGCUGAUUUUUUUUUUCUUUUUCUGUGUUGUAUCUCAUGUCUUAAUAUCGUUCAUUGUUCUGUGUCUCAUAUACUCUGCCUGUAUGGACUGUUUCUGAAAUAGUGCUGAAUAAACAUUAGGUCAAAUAUUCUCCCUGUCAGCGCUGGAUUUGUCUCCAAAAUGGUGCUACACUUUCUAAAAUGCACAGGAUAUUCUGAAGUGGCCAGGUCUUCUGAUGUAAUAUCUUUAACCCUCUCUAGUAACGAUAAAUAAAGAAUCAGAAAUGUA